UCUCAGCAGCACCACCCUCCAUGGAAGCAAACGAAACCUACCCAGGCAUGAGAUGACAGGGUUAGCUUUGAGCUUACUGCAAGCUUCACGGCCAAAGCAAGCCAUGCUUUGGUCAGAUCACCACCGACGUUAACCCGAUGCGAUGUUAAGCUAGUAAUCCAAGUCAAAAUCAUACCUUGUCAUGCUCUCCAAGCUACUCCAUUUCUUCUACAAGUUGCGAGCUUUUUUGCGAUUGAUGCAGUGGUGGUGCUAUUACUGGUCGGAGUAGUACAAAGAUCCGGGCACGCACGCCAAGAAAAUGCGGCCGUGCGGCGGGAGGAGGAGGAUGGAGAAGAGGCGGCUGGUGAUCCCGCUGGCGGCGCUCUGCCUCGCCGCGGUGCUGUCCGGGGCGCUGCCGCCGCCGCCGCUGCGGGCGGCGGCGGCGGGAGGGGUCGGGAGGAAGCGGCGGUGGGCCGGGUUCGACUACUACGUGCUGGCGCUGCAGUGGCCGGGCACCGUGUGCCGCCAGACCAGCCAGUGCUGCAGCUCCAAUGGCUGCUGCCGCUCACAUCCGCUCAAGUUCUUCACGAUCCAUGGGCUCUGGCCGCAGUACAGCUAUGGGGGAUGGCCGUCCUGCUGCAGGCCAACCACAUUCGACGACAAUAAGAUCUCGAGGUUGAAGACGAUACUCGAGGAGUACUGGCCAUCCUUGUACUGCGGCUCUUUCUCGACCUGCUUUGGUGGGAAAAGGCCAUUUUGGGUGCAUGAGUGGGAAACUCAUGGAACAUGUGGUUACCCUGAAAUACAGGAUGAAUAUGACUACUUCUCUACAGCACUUUACCUGUACAGCAAAUAUAAUGUGACGAAAGCUCUGAGAAAAGCACACAUUUAUCCGAGAGGUGGCAGGAAAUACUUAGUCAGUCAUAUUGUCUCUGCAAUUGAGUUUUCUUUUGGGGCAAUGCCAUCCAUUGUGUGUAAAAACGGUUCAGUUCAAGAACUGAGACUCUGCUUCCACAAGGAUUAUCAGCUUCGGGAUUGCGUAGUCGAGGGUGAAAACUCGGUUAACAGAAGAAGUCAUUGCCCUCGCUACGUCACUUUACCAUCAUAUAAACCACACGCAAUUAGCGAUUCUACUGAAGGAAUCAGCAACCAAGUCAAUGUUGAGCACCAAUCAUUUGAGUAGAUCUCACAGAGAGCAUUAUUCUACACGGCUCUGAUGGCUAUACAGUAGCGUCUGCAUCUGCAAUUCUUUACGUCAUCGAGCACUCGAUAAGUCACUGAGCAGCGCCAUUAACUUGCUGCAUCUCAGUAUAUAAUAUCUGCAAAUCUGUAACUCUGAAUUGUCUGCAAAUUCACAGCACCUGAUUUCACUUCCUAAAUUCAAUCGCACUGUUUAUCAUUGCCAUUUCUCAUG